AUGACUACAGAAAAUUCAGAUAAGAAUCCAGACGAAUUUGACCCUGGGUCCGAUAGCGAAAGCGAGGAUGUCUUUCAUGAUGCACGGUUCCCCGCAGAGGAAGAAGCUCGCCUCUUGAGAGAAUCUCACGAAAUCAAAACAGAAGCCAACAAACUGUUCACGGCUGGCUGCUAUGAUCAGGCUAUUUCCUGCUAUGACCGGGCCCUUGCCUCGUGUCCCAACUACCUCGACUAUGAAGUUGCCGUUCUUCGAAGUAACAUGGCCGCAUGCUACCUGAAGCUGGAAGACUGGAAGGCAGCUGUCGACUCUGCAACUACCUGUCUUGAUCGUCUGGAAAACAUCAUUCCGCUGUCUCAGCAGAAUCAGGAUGAAGACCUACCGAAACAAAACUCUCAACUGUCAAAACAGACAGACGCGGUGAUCGAGAUUUCCGGUGAAAACGAAGAGGCAGAGAAGGAGGAGCUCAAACGAUUAGAGAAAAUGGACGAGAAAAAGAACGACGUGAUGCGUAUUCGGGCAAAGGCGCUUAUGAGACGUGCGCGAGCGAAGAGCCAGCUCGGCGGCUGGGGAAAUUUACAAGCAGCCGAAGAGGACUACAAAGUGCUUACUGGGAUGGAAAACCUACCUAUAGACGAUAAGCGGGUUGUGCAGAGGGCCCUUCGCGAAUUGCCCGCGAGGAUAAACCAUGCACGGGAGAAGGAAACGGCGGAGAUGAUGAGUAAACUGAAGGAUCUCGGAAACGGCAUCCUCAAACCAUUCGGGUUGUCAACGGAUAAUUUCAAGUUCGUCCAAGAUCCUAAGACUGGUGGCUACAGCAUGAGUUUUCAGUCAUGA